AUGAUAGGUUAAUAGGAUGUAGGCGAGGAGUAUAGGAAAGUUUCUUUGAACCAAAAUUUUAAGCGGAGACUAUUUGCAAAAUCAAAUUAGCUUCAAAAGAGUCUAAAUAACUCAAGCCAUUUAAAUUUCUUACAAGACAGCUUACGGGAUGUGCAUAUUAUUUAUGAGAAUCAAUACUAUCUUAUUAAAAGAGUUGAAAAUGUUAACAAAUGUAUGUAUUUCACUCAAGUUGUUCCAUCAGACAUCAAUAAUUUUGAUAUAAGCAGCAUGAAUCAUGAAAAUAUUCUUUAAAUACAUCAGGAAGAUAACAUCUUUAUUGCUGAACCCAUGCUUAUGACAUUGCAAUCUUAUAUUUAUCAGUAAUAAGAUGUAUCUCAUGAUUUAGAAUAAAUAAUAAAGCAGAUAGUUAAUUUCAUUUCAUUUCUUCACUCUCAAAACCUAGCCCACACUGAAUUAAGCACCAGAAAUUUUUUAAUUAAUGAAAAGUUACAAAUAAAAGCUGUGCCUCUACCCUAAGAAGGUGUUUAGUAUCGUGCCCCUGAAAGAAUAAUAGGAUAUGAUGUUGAAAAUAUGAAAAGCGAAGAUAUGUUUCAAUUAGGAUGUAUUAUAUUAGAGUUAUUAGCACGAAAGCCUGUUUUAGAGUCAGAAGAUGAAACAAAUCAAAUGCUUAAAUAUUCUCUUUUCUUAGGAAGACCUUAAGAAAUAAUUUACCGUAAUAUAUAUCAUCAGCUGCCAGAUACAUCACCAGUUGAUAUUGAUAAAUAUUUAAGUAAUUGCGAUUAAAAAUUAGUAAAUCUCAUCCCGUAACUUCUAGUUUAUGACCCUGAAAAAAGAGCUACCAUUUAACAAGUAUAAAAUUAUUUGAAUUAGGUUUAUCCCUCUUUUAGACCAUCUUCAAAGUCAAGUAUAAGCAACUCUCCUCUUUCAUUAAAAUCUCAAAGAAUGACACCUUAUUCUUUAAGAAAUAGAAAUAAACGUUAUGGAAAUAUAAACAACGGUUCACCAAAUUAUUACUAUUAAGAUGAAACCCCAAGUAUAAACCUUUAUGAAGACAGCCCUAAUGAUUUAUCUCCAAAAUUUAAUGUCUCUAAAAAAACAUUUGAUGAACAAAUGAGAACCAUUGCUGAGGAAACUAGCUUGAAUAAUGAUGGUAUGUCUUAGCUUAGAGAAAAAAUUUAAAAUGGAAAGUAAAAUAAUCCUUCAAUAGACAACAAUUAAGGUGCUUAAUAAUAUAAUAAAUCUCAACAUCCAAGAAAUUAUUCAUCUGCUUCUAAUACUUAAAAUAACUUAAGGCUUCAAAGCUCUCAAAAACCAUAAACACCUUAAAGAUAUAAAUAAAAUAGUUUACUCUUUGAUAAUGAUGAUAAUUUAAAACCAUAAAUUAUAUAAGACAGGAUGACACCUUUAAGUAAUAGGAGAUCAAAUAACAAUUCUUUCUAAAAAAAUAAUAAUAAUAAUAAUACUCCUGGAAAAGGUUUCUUUAUAGAUGUUCCUGACAAAGAAAAAAAUAUCUAAGAUCAUUUAACUUCUUUCUAACACCUUUAAAAAAUCUUUAGUGAAGAAAAUAAACAUAAAACUGAUGAUGAAAAAAAAAGAAAAUUAGAAGAAGAUUUGAGAAAGUAAGCUGAUGAAGAAAAGAAGAGGAGAGACGAAGAGGAAAAAAGGAAAAAGGAUUACGAAGAAAAAAAAUUGAGAGAUGAAGCUGAAAAGAAAAAAAGAGAUGAAGAAGAAAAGAGAAAGAGAGAUGAGGAAGAAAAGAAAAAGAGAGAUGAAGAAGAAGAAAAGAAAAAGAGAGAUGAUGAAGAAAAGAAAAAGAGAGAUGAUGAAGAAAAGAAAAAGAGAAAUGAAGAUGAAAAGAUAAAAAGAGAUUUAGAUGAUAAGAAAAAAAAAGAGGAUGAGGAGAAAAGGUAAAGAGAUGAAGAAGAGAAAAGAAAGAAAGAUGAUUUACAAAAAAAGAAGGAUGAUGAAUUAAAAUAAAUCUAAGAUGAUGAAAAGAAGAAAAAAUUGGAAGAGGAGCUUAGAAAAAAGCUUGAAGAAGAGUAAAAGAAAAAAGAGUUAGAAUUAAAAAGAUAAAUGGAAGAAGAGUAAAAUAAGCGUGAGCAGGAAAGAUAAAAAUAAUUUGAAGCUUAGAAAUUGAAAUAGGAAUAAGAAAUGAAGAAAAAAAUUGAGGAAGAAUAAAAAAGGAUUGAAGAGUAGCUUCGAAAAUAAUUUGAGCAAUAGUAGAAGUAGAAGGAAGAUGAAUUAAAAAAGAAGGAAGAAGAAUAAAGGAAAAAAGAUGAGGAACUGAAAAAAAAGGAAGAAGAAAAGCUGAAGUUAGAAUAAGAGCUAAAGAAAAAAGAAGAGGCUCUUAAGUUAAAGGAGGAAGAAGAUAGAAAGCUUAGAGAAGAGUUAGCAAAAAAAGAAAAUUAAUAAAAAUAGGAAGAACAAUAAAAAUUGUUGAAAGCACAAAAAGAAGCUGAAGAGAAGCUCCGUAAAUAACUUGAAGAGGAGCAAGAAAAAAUAAAAAAAUUGUAAGAAGAGCUUCUUAAAAAAAAGAAAGAAGAUGAAGAAAUCACCAAACAAAAAUAAUUACAAGACUAAAAGGCUAAAGAAGAAGAGAUUCGAUAGCUUAAAGAAAAGUAAGAAUAACUAGCUGAGCAAGAGAGAAAGUAAAAAGAGAUAGCAGCUGAACUUGAAAGAAAGGAAAAAUUAGCAUAAGAAGCAUUGAAAAAUUAAUAACUCUAAAUUUAAGAAGAAGCCAGAAAAAAAGAAGAAUAAAUGUUAUAAGAGCUGAAAAAAAAAGAAGAAGAGCUUUAAAAGCAAAAGGAAUAGGCUGAGCUUGAUAGAAAGAAAAAAUAAGAGGAGUUAGAAUAGUAGAGAUAAAGAGAAUAGGAGGAAAUAUAGAAAAAAUAAGAGUUACUUAAAUAGAAGGAGUAGGAAUUAGAGAAAUAAAAAAAAGCUGAUGAAGAAAAAUAACGUGAAUUUGAGGAAUAAAAAAAGAGAGAAUUAGAAAAUUAGAAAAAGAAAGAAAUGGAAUUAAAUUAGUUGAAGGAAUAAGAACUUGCUAAGUUAAAAGAAAUUGAAGAAAAAAGACAAAGAGAUGAGUAAGAGAAAUAAAAUAAAUAAAGAGAGGAAGAAAAAAGGCUUCAAGAGAUUGAAAAGCAAAAGAAGAAAGAGCUAUAAGAUCUAAUGAAGUAAAAAGAACUCGAAAGACAAAAACUAAAAGAGCUAGAAGAAAAAGAAAAGGAACUUGCUAAGAAAAAAGGAGAAGACUAAAAGAAAAUCGCUGAAUUAGAGAAGCAAAAAAAAUAUUAGUAGCAACAACAACAACAACCAAAAGAAUCUGAUGAGAAUAUCAGACUUUAAAAAGAAGACUCUUAAAAUGAAUCUUCCAAAAAACCAUUAAAGUAGCCUAAAUCAUCUAGUAAACUUAUUUAAACAGAUUAGUCCCUUGAUGAUAAAAAAGCAAACUAAGGUAAUAUGAAUAACAAUAACAAUUAAGGUAAUAUUGUUAUCCUACCAGAAUCUAUGUAACGAUAGUAGAUGAUUUCCAACAUUUUAUAAUAAGAAAUCGAGUUUAACGAAAUAUAUAGAUAAAGGUAAGGCUAUUCUCACUACAGAUUCAAGAACAAUUAACUUAGCACUCCAAAUAGCAAUAUUAUUGUUAAUACAAGAUAUUCACAGUAGCCUUAGCAGAAUCAUAAUAGCAGUAAAGUUUCUCCUUAAAUGUAUGACUCAAAGUAAAGUUUCUAUCCUUAAAAUAAUUAUGAUAAUAAUGAGACGAAUCCUUCAUUGAAUUUUAGAACUCCUCGAAUAAACACGGACCAUUCGACUAUAAAAUCAGCUUUAAUAAAUACAAAUGAUAGAAACAACUAAAAUCCAAAUUAAAAAAUGGAAUCUCCAGUUUCUAAUAUCCAUAAUAGAAUCAAACAAAAGAUUUAAUUAAAUGGAAAUACUAUUGUGGUAGAAGAAACACCUGAAAAUUCAAUAAAUUCUUUAGGAAACCAACCUUCUUAUUAGCCUGUUUAUAAAGAGCAAUAGCCUAGAAUUAUUAAUAAAAAUAAGCCAAUUAUACCUCCUUUGAGAAGUAUAGCAACAAGCCUACCUCCUGCUACUGAUAGAAGAAAGCAGUCCCCUCCGUUGAAUGGCACUGACAGAAAAAGUAAAGAAAAUAAAAAAUUCAAUACUCUAAAUAAAUCAAUAGAUGUUAAGAAAAAAAAGAAAAAAUCAAAGGGAGGUAGCAGCGAAAUAAAAGGAAAUUAUAAUAAUAAUGAUUAUAAAAUGCCCCCUCUUUCUGCUAGAAAUGAGAGCUUUUAAUAUUUGUAAGACGAAAGAACAAAAUUUAGAUAAUCACAUGAUGGGUAAUUGAUUACUCAAUCUAAUACUGAUUCAAUACCAUCAAUAAUAAAUCCUGCUAGAAUGAGCCAAUAGCAUAUGUACUUAUAAACAAAACCAGAUUAACCUACCGUAUUCAAUACUAGACUACUUGCUCGCCCGCCCACGUUUUUAGUUUAAAAAGAUACAGACGAAGACUGA